AUGGGCGCUCAGGGGUUCCUCUGCUCGUGCCCGCACAAGUUCCAGGGCUCCAAGUGCCAGACGCCCGUGGUGGCCUGCAGCACAGGUCUCUGGUGUGCCAACGGGGGCAUGUGCGUGUUCUCAGAGGAGGCCAACGCCACCAUCUGCAAGUGCCCUUCUACCCAUACGGGCGCCAGCUGCCAAACGCUUGUUGAGGCGCAGGAUUUCGGUCCAUCGGAGCAGCUGAGGACCAACUUCACGUCGCCGCUCGUCAUUCCAUCCAACUCCACGCUCGAUUUGAUAGUGGACGAGCGGGACAAAUAUUUCCACACCUUCUUCGCCCUCCUUGGAGCUUUGGUGUUUGUGUGGGUAGUGUCUCUCUGCUUCGUGUACCACUCGCGUGAGCGCAGGCGCAGCAGCAGAGCCAUUGCUGUGGUCGGGAACAAGCAGCACGUGUCGGGCAGGGAUUUUGGCCCGGCUGAAGGUCCCGUGGUGUAUACGUCCUCUUCCUCCUCUGCUGUUCUCUCCUCUGUUCCGGUUCGCCGGAAUCCCAGUAGCGGCAUUAGUGGAAGCAGCAGCAGCAACAACAUUGCUGUUUCAAUCGCCAUGGGUAAUGCUGCUGGAAGCAUUGGUAGUAGAUAUGUGCCUCCAGAAAUCACACGAGAUAUGGGUAAUGGAAGCGGUGGGGACAGUAUUGGAGAGCACCGCGAUGCAACAGAUGUGGAGGUGGCAGCACUAUUUGCUGUCCCAUCGAUGGAGCAGAACAUCCUAUCAGGGUUAGACCAGAGCCUGCGUGGUUCCAUGCAAAACCAUUCCGGGCAGUUCGGAAUGCCGAACCAGGCGGGCCAGUUCGGGAUGCCAAACCAAGCUGGGCAAUUCGGGAUGCCGAACCAGGCCGGGCAGUUCGGGAUGCCGAACCAGGCCGUGCAGUUCGGUAUGGCGAACCAAAGCGGACAGUUUGGAAUGGCGAGUCUUAACGGGCAUUCGGGAGUCGCAGAACCGGCAAGGCAUCUGGGAUUGGGGGAGCCGACGAGGCUGUCCGGGUCGCCGGAUCCCGCCAAGCAACGAGCGAUGUCCGUUCAAAUGGAAGCGUGGGGUUCCUCCGCCCAGCGGUCCGCCCCACCAGUCGCUGCUCCGCCAUUGGCGGACGGGCAGUUGACUCAAGUGCCCUUGGACAACCCGGCGAGCCAGGAGCGCGCAGCAAAAGACCAGCAGCUGCACGCCACGGAGACGAGUCUGAGGACCAAGGAGGAGGAGCUGAGGAGGAUGCAGGAGGCGGUGGAGAAACGUGUGGCGCAGCAGGUGACGCGCGUUGAGCAGGAGGCGAAGAAGCUGGAGCAGCUCAGGAAGGAGUUGGAGACGAUAGAAGACCCGACCAAGAAGGAGGUGGCGGAUUUACGGAAGCGGAUUGAGCUGGUGGAUAGGGAGCUGAGGCCCAUGCGGGCUCUGGUGGAGAGGAAGGAGAAGGAGCUGAAGGAUGCGACCACAGCCUACAACAACAAGAACGCCCAGAAGUCAGAGCUGGUUGGGAAGCUCUUCGAGAUUGUGACGGAGAGCGAGCGGCAACGGCUGGCCAAGUUGGAAGAAAUCACAUCGCUGCUGACGCAGAUGGAACGGAAAGAAGGGGGGCAGUGA